AUGGUGAAACGAAUACCGGGCUUGAAAGAACUCAGUCGAAUUAAGCAUUACUAUGGAUUUAAAUAUCUCUUGAACCCGGAUAUUCAUCGAGAAAUCUAUAAUAAGUGUGAACUUCGAAAAACGUAUUCAAGACCAGAAAGUUUGAAAGUUCUAGACCUUUAUUCGGGUCCAUCACAGCACUCGUUAAUCUUGAACGAGUACUUGAAACCGAGGCAACAUGUUUUGAUGGAUUCGCGACCAGAUUUUGCUAAACACAUCACCAAUCUGAUAGACACUACUAGUAUGGAACUUUAUAAACGAGAUCCAUACGAUUGGGAAUCCUACACUGAUAUGGUCAAACGGGACAAAUUAUUAGUUCCUGCAACGAAAAACCGCGACCAGAUUCAUAGCGAAUUUUUGGUCUUGGCCAAUCUUACUGGGCUUGCAGGUGAAGGUUUGUUCAUGCAAUGGCUAGCUUGUAUUGGCAAUAGAAACUGGCUUCAACAAUUUGGACUUGUUAAGAUGCUUGUUUGGGUGCCAGAAAUUACAGCGAUCAAGAUUUUGGCUAAAAGUGGUGACCAAAUACGAUCCAAAUGCUCUGUUGUGGCAGAGGCAUUCACAAAUACGAGAUUAGUGGCUACUACCAAUAGUGAUUCACUCAAAAAAUUCAGCUCUGGUGUUCUGGAGGGACAGUCUCCCUUGCUUAUAUCUGCAAGCGAUGUAUGGCCUCCGAGUGGUAAACCUAUCAGUUUGCUAGAGGUAAAUCCGAAAAACCAUAAUAUUGACUUGGAUAAUUGGGACUACGUUACGAAGCAUUUACUCAUUCUCAAAGGAACUCCCCUACGUGACGCCUUCGAAUCUCUGGGCCACGGUGGAAAGGAAUACUUUUCCGAAAAGCUUUGGGAUGAACCGUUGCUUGACAAAUGUCCCAGAGAAUUGACCAGUGGCGAAUUCGUUCGCAUAGCGGCACUUUUCGAUAUAUGGCCCUUCAAACCCGAUAUUUACAUGGAUUUUAUUGACGUUUUCCAAGAAAGUGAAUAG